CAGAAAAAACGGUUUUGAAAUUGAAAUCCAAUUGAUCGCCAUUUCAUCAACUGCUCUGAAAUUGAAAUCCAAUUGAUCGCCAUUUCAUCAACUGAUCUUGGCGGUGCAGUUAAUCCGCAUCGCCUUUCAUCUUGAGCUCCCAAUUUUGCGUGAUUUUAGUUUAAUCGGCGGAGCGAUUUCAAUUGAAGAAGAAAACGAUGGCAGAUCGGAGGGAUGCGCACAAGACAAAGCAAUCCGCCGAAAUCCGCCGCUCUUCCACUGUGGGAAUUAAAAAUCUUCAUCCAAGAUACUGCUUUUGUCGUGUUUUUCUCGGCUUCUCUUGGUUAAUCAUCGUCCAUCUUGAAUCUGCUGUUAUAUAUGAGGGCCCAAGAAUAUCCCGAAUGCGUAUUGUGCACUGUAUAUAUUCUCGGAGAGAGUGGACGUCGAGAGGAUGUUGACUUGCGAGAAAGGCUCAACAGGAACCGUUCUCCAUCGCGUAAAUCACCAGAUAAAGGAAAGGGAAAAGCAAGACAAACUUCUUAUGGAGAUGAUAGCUCUCCUGGGAAAAGGAUUGAUAGAAAUGUGAGUAAGAAAAGGCGUUUGGAUGACCAUGAUGAUUACUCCGGCAGGAUGUCAGAUGAUAAGAUGAGAGGAACGCACUAUGACAAACCAAAGUUCCAGCUGAUUAAGGAAGCUGAUUCGUUAACUUCUGAAGUUCAUGAACUUAAGAGGAAACUUUCUAAAGAGAAAGAAGAGCGGGAAAGGUUUACUACAAACGUCAAAAAGUUCAUUGAAGCACAUUACUCUCACUUGCAAUUAGAGAACGAACUAAAGAGAUCACAGGAUCAGAUUAAGCAUUUGGUUGCGCAGCUUGAAGCAGAUAUACUGACUCGCAGGGUAUUUUCCUCGAGUGAAGAGGAUGACGAACUGAAGAAAUCACAGGGUGAUGAGGGCGGACCAGAUUCUUCCUCACGUAGGCUGAGGUCACGUGUCGAAGUUCAUGGGAAAUCACCUCAAGGUUAGUGUUGGUCGCUCAUAUGGAGCUGAUGUCGUGGAAGAUACAUUGAAAACAUCCCGCUUGCCAUUUCCACCACCUCCUCCUCCUCCUCCUAACCCUCAGAAAUCAUAUACACGUACAAAGGCAACAAUGGAGUAGACGACGAGAUGGUUGAAGUCGAUAUCGUUUUAUGUAUCACAAUUUCAUGCAUUAGUUACCAAAUUUUGUAACAUCUGGGGCUGUCACAUUUUCUAGUUCUUGUGCAGAAAUUAGGUCUGGUUGUUUUUCCAUAUACCCUUUUACUUGUUUCAUGAUCUUUGGAAACAUAAUGUCUACCUGGUAUACACUUUUUCCAAUAUUCCCUAUCUCA